AUGCCCUCGCCUAUCCGAGCCACCUUUGCCGCCGGCUGCUACUGGGGUACUGAGCACUACUUCGUGCGAAAUUUCAAGGAUGGCAUCCUGUCGCACCAGGUCGGCUUCAUGGGCGGCGUUGAGGGAAAGGCAGUAACCUACUCUGAAGUCACGAAGGGCAACACGGGCCACGCCGAGGUCUUGGACUUGAUGUACGACCCCGACAAGGUGUCGUACAAGGAUCUGCUCUCCUUCUUCUUUCGCAUGCACAACUCCACGACCCUGAACCGGCAGGCGGGUGACAUCGGUACCAACUACCGCAGUGCCAUCUUCUACCACAACGAAGAGCAAAAGAAGGAGGCGGAGGCGUACAUCGCGAUGCUGAACGGUGCCAAUGAGAAGCUUCAUUCCUCCUUCAGCAAAGCCUUUGGCGGAGCCCCCUGCAUCACCAGUCUGGAGAAGGCUGGCACGUUCUACCCAGCGCAUGAGGCACACCAGAACUACCUCGAGAAGCACCCGGGUGGCUACUGCUCGCACCGCUUGUACUUCUGA